AUGAUGGCCGCGACGGGGUCCUUGUUUGCGACGUUUGUGAAGCUCCCGGGAUUUGAAGAUGUGCCAAGCGGAUUGGCGGCCUUGAACACUACGAAGGGCAUGGAAGGGUUCUCUCUGCUUAUGUUCUUGAUCGCGGGCCACGAGGCCGUGACAUGGAAGCCCGUGAAGGAGCCGGGAAGCUUUGGCGAUCCGUUCAAGUGGAACCAGUUCACCUCGGAGAUGCGCACAAAGGAGCUGAACAAUGGGCGCAUGGCUAUGUUUGCCAUCAUCGGACAGAUCGCGGCCGAGCUCCAGACCGGGAAGGGCCCUGUGGAGCAGUUCACGGGCUGA